AUGUCUCUUCUACUCACUAUCUUUGCCCUCGUACUUAUCGCAGAGGUCAUCUCUUGGAUAGGCCAAUCCGUCCUUCUUGAUUUCUUCUACUCUCUCUAUCUGAGAAUAUUUUACUCCUCCCGUGCUGAACAGCAGCGAAAACUCAAAGCAGAGAUCCUAGCUACAAAAGCCGAGCUCUUAAAGACGAGUGCCCAAGACGAGUUCGCCAAGUGGGCUAGGCUGAAGAGAAGUGUGGAUAAAGGGCUAACGGAUUUGGAGAAGCUCAAUGGAGAACUGUCUUCCAUAAAGUCAUCCUUUUCCAUGAAAUUUACAGCUGCCAUUUGGAUGUCAACGACCGGUGCUCAAUUCGUUGUAGGGUGGUGGUAUCGCAAGGCUGCUGUAUUCUAUCUACCAGAUGGGUGGUUUGGACCGGUGGGGUGGUGGAUGUCAUUUCCAUUUGCGCCGAAAGGUUCUGUAAGUGUAGGAAUGUGGCAAAUGGCGUGCAGAAGGGUUAUCAAAGUAGGAGAAAGGGUUGUGAAGGACCUUUGUGUGCCGACUGAGGUCAAGGCUGAAGCGGCGGAAAGCAAAGCCGAAUGA